CUUCGCUCGCCCAAAAGCUACUUCGCACGAUCAAACCUCGCGUCGCCCGCGCCUCCCACGGCUCUCCUCCUCACCCGCCCCCCUUCUCCCUCCUUGGCAACACCUUUUUCUCGUCGUCCUUUGUUGGCGCAUUCCCUCCGCCCUUUAUCAAUGGCGUCGUCCCUGACGGCCGCUGCGUGCCGUGCCACGGCCCGUCUGGCGGCGGGCAGCACCAGCACCACCAGCCGGACGGCAGUCGCCGCAGCAUCCCGCGGCCUCAGUACCUCGCCACGAUGCCUCGCCGCGCACAACUUCGUCAUGCCCGCCCUCUCGCCCACCAUGACCGAGGGCAACAUCGCGAGUUGGAAGGUCAAGGAGGGCGACCGCUUCAGCGCCGGCGACGUGCUGCUUGAGAUUGAGACGGACAAGGCCACCAUGGACGUCGAGGCCCAGGACGACGGCGUCAUGAUGAAGAUCAUGUCCGCCGACGGCGCCAAGGCCGUCCAGGUCGGCACCCGCAUCGCCGUCCUCGCUGAGGCCGGCGACGACAUCGCUGCCCUCGAGAUCCCCGCCGACGAGCACAAGCAGCAGUCUGCCGGCAGCGAACCCUCGGCCGCCGCCGAUGCGCCCGAGACCAACAACAAGAAGCAGCAACCCCCCGCGAGCCUCCAGCAGCAGCAGAGCUCCGGUUCCCAGUCGAGCGAGACGCACGAGCAGCGCUACCCCCUCAUGCCCGCCGUCGAGCACCUCGUCAAGCAAAAUGGCCUAAGCAGGGAGGACGUCAGUCGCAUCAAGCCCACGGGUCCGAGUGGUCGGCUGCUCAAGGGCGACGUCCUCGCCUACCUCGGUGCCAUCAACGCCGACACCCCCGCCACCGUGUCCUCGCGCUUCGCCAAGCUCGCCCACCUCGACCUCAGCAACAUCAAGGUCGCCGAGGCCGCCAAGAAGCCCGCGCCCGCACCCGCAGAGACGACCGCCGCCGCCGCUCCUCCCGCGCCACAGGCCCUCGAGGUCAACGUCCCCGUCUCGCUCGCCAAGGUCGUCGAGGUCCAGAAGCGCAUCCACGACACCCUCGGCGUCUUCCUCCCCGUGUCCACUUUUGUCAGCCGCGCCGCCGAGGUCGCCAACGAUGACCUGCCUCGUGCCGCGCGCAAGCCCACCGCCGCUGAGCUCUUCGACCAGGUCCUCGGCCUCGACAAGGUCCAGGCCGCCACCGGCUCCCGCGGCGUCUACCUGCCGCAAAUUUCCGCCAUCCCUCCCGCCUCGUUGUUCGCGACCGCGCCGCCGCCCGCCGCCACCAAGGCCGACAUCAUCGAUGAGCUCGCGCCCCGCAGGAAGAGCAGGGCCGCUGCGGCGCCGGCUGGCGUCCCCACCGUGCCGGGGCUGUCGAGCGGCAUGAACGUCUUCAGCCUCGUCGUGCCCAAGGAGGAGGAGCAAAGGGCACACGUGUUCCUCGAGCGGUGCAAGGUGAUUCUGGAAGAGGAGCCUGGGCGGCUGGUGCUGUGAGAUGCGCGCUGCGGAGUUUUAUAAGCCAUGUAACUAUUAUACGACCCUAGACUAUCUGAC